CAUAAUCUCUUUAUUUUUCUUCAAGCAUAGGUUUUAUUAAUAGAAAUGUCUCCGCCAAACCCCAGAAAAACGCCGGUCGUUGUCGUCGGCUGCGGCGUCAUCGGACUGACCACGGCGCUCAUUCUGCAGCGCUCGCAGAAAUACGCUGUGACUGUGGUUGGCAGAGAAACGCCCGACGACCUGCACGGCCCGCACGGCAUCUCGCAGGACUGGACGUCGCCAUUUGCCGGCGCCAACUGGCGACCCUACUCUCUGGACCACGAGCAGCAGGUACGCGCCGCCGAAGAAGAGACGUACUUUAGGAUGCGCGAUAUUGCGCGGAUCACCCCCCAGGCCGGCGUGACAAUCCUGCCAAUGGCGGAUUUUGGCGCAGACAAAGCGGAAGCGAAAACAACGCCGUCGUUCCUCAGCUACGUGCAGAAUCUCCGCGAAAUCAACAGCGCGCUGUGGCCACCAAACGCUGCCUUUGGGUAUGCUUACGACUCGCUGGUGGUCAAUGUGUUGCAAUACCUCCCGUGGCUAGCCGCUGAGCUGCGCAAGCUGGGCGGGGUCAUCAAGCGCGCUGAGCUCAAGCACAUUGCUGACGCGGUGAGGCACGUCGAGGGCCAUUGCGCGGUUAUAGUUAACUGCUCGGCCAUGGGCAGCCGCACGCUGGGCGGAGUCAUGGACGCUGCCAUGUACCCGACCCGCGGACAGACCAUUCUGGUCCAGGCGCCGCACGUCGAGCUGACUGCCAUGGCGCCCGGCGCCAGCAGCGACAAGGCCACUUAUGUUAUUCCGCGCGCUGACGGCACAGUCAUCAUCGGUGGCGUGUUUGAAAAGAACAACAGCAGCCGGGAGGAGACCAUUCGGACGACCGACGAGGUCCUCAGGACGUGCCUGGCCAUGUGUCCGCAGCUGCUGGACAGCCGCAUUGCUGGAAGCAGCUUCAUUAUCAAAGUCAAUGUUGGCUUUAGACCAUCGAGGGUCGGUGGACCGAGACUCGAGGUGCAGAAGAUGGGCGAGAUCACUGUUGUGCAUAACUAUGGCCAAUCUAGCUACGGGUUCCAGACCAGCUGGGGUUACGCCAGUGUUGCCGCCCGCAUGCUUGAUGCGGCGCUUGCCACCAAGCCCAGGCUCUAA